AUGUCCUUGAGGUUGUCCAAGAUCAAGGAGGAGGUGAAGAAGAAGAGCCAUGUCAAUGGCUGGGUCCUGGAGAAACAGGAGUCCAGUUGGGCUCCCGCCGGCACGUGGUCGAAUAUCGAUCUGGACAUCACCCCUGUUGCACGUCGAACAUGGACCAGCUGGACUAUAUUCGGCUACUGGUUCAGCGAUGUCAUCUCUAUCCAAUCAUGGGAAACGGGUAGUACGAUUCUAGCAGUCGGAUUGACUUGGCGUGAAGCUUUCUUCGCCAUCAUCUUUGGCUCCUUCGUCAUGGGCGUACCGAUGACCUUGAACGGAUACUCCGGGGCCAAAACUCAUGCACCGUUUCCUAUCAUUGCACGCGCAUCAUUCGGCUACCACCUUGCAAAGUUUCCUGUUGUUGUGCGGCUCAUCACGGCGCUGUUCUGGCACUCGAUCACGAACUUCCUCGCAGUUGGAGCCAUGACUCAGGUCAUCAGGGCUAUCUGGCCGAGUUUUCGGCACAUAAAGAACCACAUCCCUGAAUCGGCGGGCAUAACGACGCAGCAAAUGAUCGCGUACUUUCUCUUUUGGACGAUCCAGUUUCCGAUCCUCCUCAUCCCACCACACAAAAUGAAAUGGCUCUUCACCGUGAAGGUGGUCAUGUGUCUAGGUACGAUUCUCGGCAUGACGAUAUGGACUUGCACAAAGGGCGGCGGCAGUGGACAGAUCUGGGAUCAAAAGGCCACCGUCUCCGGGUCCACCAAAUCCUGGCUCAUCAUGUGGAGCUUGAACAGCUGCACGGCGUCUUGGUCUACAGUGGGAGUGAACAUCCCAGACUUCACUCGAUACCUACGCAAACCGAAAUCCGCAUACACACAAGCGUUCAUGUUCCCGAUUAUCUGCUCCUGGAUUGCUAUCAUUGGUGUCGUGGUGGCCUCUUACUCCUACGGGAUCUUUAAUGAGACAAUCUGGGACCCCAUUGUUAUCAUCGAUUCAUGGGAUGGCGCGGCAGGCCGAGCAGCAGCAUUCUUCGCAGGAUUAUCUUGGGCACUGGCUCAGAUAACGGUGAACUUGUCAGCAACUGUUGUCUCUGGUGCUAAUGACCUUUCAAACCUUUUUCCGAAAUUUUUAAAUAUAAGAAGAAGCUGUAUUGUUAUUACCAUUCUCGGAGGGUGGGCCAUGGUACCAUGGAAGAUUCUACACAGCGCCAGCUCCCUACUUUCGUUCAUGAACGGGUUGGGAGUCUUUUUGGCUCCAACUAUGGGUCUUCUCAUUUCCGACUUCUACGUCGUCAAGAGACAACACCUGGAUCUUCCGGCCCUUUACGAACCCCACGGACGCUACCGUUAUCACUGGGGCGUCAACUGGCGCGCGCUCCUUGCUCUGCUGGCCUCGAUCGUGCCCUGCCUCCCCGGAUUGGCCAACACGGUCAACUCCGACAUCUCCAUCGGCGGUGCGAUCUACAUCGCCCAGUUCAACUGGUACUACGGCUUCUUCGUCUCGUUCGGGGUCUACGCCGUGCUCAGUCUGCUGUGGCCCGCGAAGGAGUCCCUGGUGCCGUGCAUGAUUGACUCCAUCGCGCAAACGGAGGAGGAACAGAUCGACCUUGAGAAGAAGGAGGCCAUCAUUACCACUAGCGAUACGACCAAGAAGGAGUGA